AGGAACUGAAAUUGUCCUCUUGGCGCCACAUUUUCAACCAUAUUUUGGCGCGCAUCACUUCGGUCGGUUGAGCCAUAAUAUUUGUGGCGCGAUAGAUGGCGACUCUAGCAGUCCCAUUUAACACCAAAAUCCGAGCAUGGAGUGUAGUGUGUCUUUGUGAUUAGGAGAGGUUAAUGUAGUUUUAACUCUUUUUGUUGGUUUUUGCUACUUGUUUCCCAAUUUAUUUUACACAAUGGGUGCUUACCGAUCUAAACCGAUCACGGACAAAGUUUCGAGUGAUGAAUCAGGGAAAUAUGUGAAAUGUGGUGCUAGUUCAAUGCAAGGAUGGCGAGUUACUCAAGAGGAUUCUCACAAUUGUAUAAUAGAAUUUGAUGAGAACACAUCUUUAUUUGCUGUAUACGAUGGACAUGGAGGUCAUGAGGUUGCCCAGUAUUGUUCCGAAAAUUUGCCACAGUAUUUGAAGGAAUGCAUUUCAUAUAAGAGUGGAGAGUAUACUAAGGCUCUCAAGGAAGCGUUCUUGGGCUUUGAUGCCACUCUUGUAGACCCCAAAGUUGUGAAAGUGUUGAACAACAUAGUGAAGAGUGCUGACGAAGAAGUGGAAGAAAGUGAGAAUCAAAAUUCAGGAUCAGAAGAUGAAGAAAAUAUUCGAAAUCUGUAUGAAGAGGCUCAAAUGCCUCUUGAAGAGGUGAUGGCAAAGUACCAGACAGACGGUCUUAAUCCAGCGUUGAAGAAGCUCAAAGGAGGGACACCUCCAUCUCCGUACCUUGUUGCCAAACAAUCUAGUAAGACCAAGUUUGCUGAAGAGGCAGGUUCCUCUAAGGCUGGGAGCAGCAGCAGUAGCAGUAGUAGUACGAGCAGUGGGGGAGUGGAGCCUGUGGAAGAAAGUAGCAGUGAGAGUGCUGAGAAAGAGGAAGGAGUAGACUUGAAACAAAGUAAAAGUGAAGGCAAAGAAAAAGUACUAGACCCGAGCGAAGACUCAAAUGGUGAAAAGGCACCUGCAGUAGACAGUAGUAAAGAGACAAAUGGUGAUGAGACCUCUGAAAAAGAUCCUAUCUCCAGCAGUGGCAGUUCUAAAGAGAAAAGUGAAGACACUGGCAGUGAAAAGACACCUCAGAAAAGUAAAGACAAUAAUGAAGAGAAUGCAAGUAAAGAGGUAAAAAGUGAAAGUGAAAAAGAAGAGGAAAAAGGAUUGAAUGAUGAACCUAAAGUAGAGAAAAAGCAAACUGAUAAUCAUUUGAAGAAAGAGGAGGAAAGUGGCAAACAAGAAACAAAAGAGGGGGAAAAGGAGAAGAAAUCACCUAUUAAGAAACUGGAAGUGAAUGGAGAUGUUGAGCCAAAAGAUCUGAAAAAAGAAACAGAAAAUGAACCUCAUGAAAAUGGAGAUGUUGCCGAAGAAGAAACUGAGGAUGAUGAUGAGAAUGAAAAAGAAACAACCAAAUCUCGAAAAGGGAAAGGAAAGGCAAUAAUAAAAAAGUCUGAAAAACCCAAGAGAACAUCUGCUCGUCAAAGAAACAUGGCUAUCUUGUUCCGCUCUUUCCUUGCUGCUCAAGAUAGUGCAGAUAGUGAAUCGGAUGAUGAAGGAGAUGAAUCUUUCCAAGGAGCAGAAGAAAGAAGUAGUAGUGAAGAUGAAGACAAGGAAGAAGCAGAAGCUGAAGGGGAAGAUGAAGAGGAGGAGGGCGUAGAGGUGGAAGAUGGGGAAGAAGAAGAAGACGAGGAGGAGGAGGAGGAAGAAUUUGAAGAAGAUGAUCUUCCGAAGAUAGCAAAAGGGAAUUUUGAACAGCCUGGCGUUGAGAGUGGAUGCACAGCUGUAGUCGCAUUGCUUCAUGGGCGUGAUCUGUACGUUGCUAAUGCCGGUGAUUCACGAUGUAUUGUCAGUCGUGGUGGAGAGGCUCUGGAUAUGAGUUUGGAUCACAAACCUGAAGAUGACAUUGAGAUUGAACGAAUUGUUGCGGCUGGAGGAUUUGUCUCAUGUGAUGGAAGAGUGAAUGGUGGACUUAAUUUAUCUCGAGCAAUUGGUGAUCAUGCUUACAAGCAGACAGAAAAUUUACCCCCCGAGGAGCAAAUGAUAACUGCCCUUCCUGAUGUUCGAACCCUCUCUAUUGAUACUGAAAAAGAUGAGUUCAUGGUUCUUGCUUGUGAUGGUAUUUGGAAUUCCAUGACUAGUCAAGAAGUUGUGAACUUUGUGAGAACGCGAUUGCAGAGUGGUGAGGAGAAGUUACUGUCUCAAAUUUGUGAAGAGCUCUUUGACUUCUGCCUGGCACCAGAUACUGCAAGUGAUGGAACAGGAUGCGACAAUAUGACUGCAGUCAUUGUCCAAUUUCUGCCCAUCUUAUCUGAAGCAAAAUCAUCUGAUUUGCCUAACACUUCUAUCUCCACUGCAACAAACAAGAGGCCAGCUUCCCCCACUGAAAAUACAGAUUCUUCUGCAAAACGGUUGAAGACAGGUGUAGUUUGAAUCGGUUCUGUACUUACAUCUCUUAUGCGGAGAUCCCAUGGCAGUGUGCAUCUCAGUCAAGGCAGACUAUAACAUUUUAUGUACACUCCUCAGGAAUGCAAGUAAAAUGGACUAUGCAUUUAGAAAAACCAGUGUGUCAUGUGCUCGUGUUUUUAUUUAUGCCUCACAAAAAUAAACUGUGUGGGUGAUGUUGAAAAGAGCGCAUUCAGAUGUGGUUUUGAAUGUUCUGUGGAAUAGAGAAAUUACCUUACCACAAAAAAAGUCCUUAUUUUAGUGUUUCAAAAUAUCCUUGAUUAAGGAUUAAUUUGUUGUAUGUUUAUUCUUCCUGUGUUAAAGUUUGGGGGGAAAUGCACUACUUAUAAUAUUUUGACUGUUUUUCCUAUUGUUUUAUCACUGACCUCCCCACAGUGCACAUUAAUUAAUUUUGUUGAAGUGGUCACCAAAACACUAAAUCCAAUUUUGGACAAUUUUUGUUGAAUAGGAUAAAAAGCAACAACUGAAACAAAUCUCAUCAAUCUGACGUAUUAAUUUUUCUAGCCAGUAUUGUGUUACUGCGUAUUUCAUUCAUGAACCUUUGCAUUACCAGUUUGAGAUUCUUCUCACAGAUAUGCGUCCCAUUUUUGUUUGCAAUCAUAUAUUAGAACAACAGUACCUGUUAGAACUACAAAAGGUAAGGUAGGCUACUCCUGCCAUUAUUUUUCUUACUUGGAUAAGUGUUAUUUUAAUGAAUUUCUUUGGUUUUGGGGCCAGGCACAAGACAACAUAAAAUAUUGAAAAUAAUUGGUUUUGAUUCUUUCUGAUUAAUGUUUAAAGUACUUGUGCUGAUAAAACCCCAAGUCAACAAUUAAUAUCUGAUUUUCAAAUUGAAGUUUCUUGUGAUUCAGUUGAGAAGUUUUUUCAGUGUUUGUGCGAUUUUUAAUGAUUCAUCAUGUAACACUGUGUGUAUGAUUUUGAGGAUGCAUUGUUACAAUGUCAUGAAUUCUCAUUGCUAAAUCACAAUAAAGAACCAGCAUUAUUUUACUCUGCUGUAGAAUUAUUUUAUUUUAGAAUCCUGGAAAUGCCAUUCUCUUCACUGAGAAUGUGAAGGAGGAGAUGUAGGAGAAAGAAUUUGAUCUAGGAAAAUGGGAGGAUACUCUGUUUGACAACUGAAGGAAAGUAUGGAUAUUCCUGAAAUGAAUUUUAUUCCAAGUUAACAUAGUAAAUUCAGUUAAUAAAUAAUAAAUAUGUGUAUUUCAUAAGUUAUGAAUUCCU